ACAACAGAAUCUCAUCGACCGAGAAGGGAGGGAGCAGUUGUCAUUGUUCCCCCUUAGGCCUUUCUCUUGUUGAGACUUAGUUGCAUAUUCAAAACAUCUAUCGUACCCGCGAACGAUCACUGCCUAUUUAUUUGGGUCUCUAUUGAAGUUACCGUUGGUAUCUCGCUGGUAUCAUCAAUUAUGGCUGAGGACGACCACGGAAGUCUAGAACCUCCCACAAGGACUAGUAUUGAAGAUCCAGGCGCACAUGAACUUGGAGGUAAAAUGCUCUAAAUCUACUUUUAAUACAUAGCACAACCCCAGCAAUCUAUAGUUAUUCGUUUAUUCUAACAUUUUGUGAUCCGUAGAGCCUGUUGGGUCCUCAGAUUCGGACGACCAUUUCUCAGAUGCACACUCUGGUCUAGAACAAUCUACCGAAACCUCACCCACUGUCCCCACUACUCGAGUCGAGAAAGUUGAUGAUGAACCAAGUUAUGGAGAGGUUCCGGGGACACAAGCAUACAAUAUGAGAACAGAGGAUGCUGAGCCCGAUCAAGUUGCAAUGGCUCCAGAAUUUAUUAUCGCCUCACUAGCACGACGACCUUCAACUCCCGGGGACCUACCAAUCCCCAUUACUGUCGUCGAGAAGAUAGACCCUGAUACUCCUAGUCAUGGAGAAGUCCCCGGUACACCUGCAUAUGAAAAGCGUAAGGCGGAUGCAGUUCCCGACUUGGUCUUGGAUUCAACUCCUGGUCGCAGUCGUUCAAGCACCCUCAAUAUGACGACGAGAUCAAGAGCUGGUAGUACACCAGGGGACCUACCAAUUCCCAAGACUGUAGUUGAAAGGAUAGAUUCUGCUCCAAGUCAUGGUGAAGUACCUGGUACUGCGGCAUAUGAAUUACGAAAAGGAGAUGCCCAACCAGAUGACAUAGUAGAGGUCGCCGAUGUUCCUGGUAUGUACAAACACUAAUUUCCAAACACCUUCAGAGUUAUUGACUGAGUUAGAAUCUAGCUCCCCGACCUUAAGCCCUCAUCGCCCAAGCUCUUCAGCAGCAGAGAAGAACGCUGCAGAAGAAGAAUACAACGAGGAAGAGGAUGGUCAGGGUGGAGAUGGUGCAGAUGAUGAGGGGUUUGGGGAUGAUUUCGAUGAUUUUGAGGAAGGAGAGGAAGAUGCAGAGUUUGGUGAUUUUGAUGAUGGUUUUCAAGAGCCUGAAGUUUCUCAAGCCUUUCAAUCAAUUCCUGUAGUACCUUCUUUUGUAAGUAGCCAUCUACUUUUCGUAAGCAGCAAUAUCAUAUCCAGUCCUAACCUGAGUCUCUUGUUCAGCCCAUCUUCGACCUAACAGACCUUAAUACACCCGAGGAUAUUCGGUCGGCAACAGAACCCUACCUCGACCAUAUAUUCCCCUCCGACACAAUCGAUACCUCGGUCCUACCACCCCUUGACAACCCAAACCCCAUAUUUCUUACACCACGCUCCGCAUCUCUCUGGUCUCAACUGGUCGCUCCACCACCUCUUCAACCACCAAACUGGAUCCGAUCCCGGAUCCGUCGCCUCUUCCUCGUUAGUCUCGGUAUCCCGGUCUCCUUGGACGAAAUCCUCCCCGCCUCCACACAAAAGAAACUAAUCCUCCCCUCCCUUUCCUUACACCCUUCAUCCUCCGGCUCUCUCGACAGUUCCAUAGAUCGCAUCAAAUCCUCUUCCUCCACAUCCCUCGACUCACACGGCAAUGUCAAAGCUCCUCGCUCCGAAAGUCGACGUCGAAAAGGUCCACCACCAGCCCCGCAAUUAGAUUUAGUAUCCGCGCGUCAGACAUGCGAGGUUACAGAAGAAGCUCUUAAUGGUCUAACAGUAGCCGAGCUAAAAGAACAUGUGAAAAAACUCGAGGCAAUGCAGGUCUUAGCCAAAGAAGUAUUAGAUUAUUGGACCAUGAGAACGGAUGAAAAAUUGGGAGAUAGAGAAGCAUUUGAGGGAGUUAUUGAAAACUUAGUUAAGCAUGCUAGGAAAGUUAGGAAGUGAUGCAUUCCCAUGCUCUUUUUUUUUUGGCAUGCUAUACUAUGCCAUGCUAUGCAUAUAUUGAUUAGCGUUAUAGCCCUCUUAAAGUCUAGCUUAGUUGUCUCUGUUCUAAUCAGAUGAGAUUUACAGAGUAUAACACUAGC